CGGCGGUUCUUUCUCUCCCACAAGAGUCGGCGGUACUUCGUAUUCGGCUUCGGUCUUUCGCGCUGUAAGUGACUCUUGUGAAAGGUGCGUGACCAUACGCCAUUGAGGGUGCGCUUGGUACUGCUAUCUGACGACGGUACCACCCUCGAGGUACUACGACUCUUUUGUUUUGAAUUUCUCCAAUCUCUUCGUUACUUCGUCUCGGUUGAUUUAUAGGUGUGGACUAAAACGCUUCUACCGAGAUGAAUACUGCCUGGAUUUUUAUCUCGAUAUGCAUAGUUUCCUCUGCUGUGGCGUUCCCUGCUCAGGAAGCGAAACCGACGACAGAAGAGAAGCCGGAUCAAGAGUUCGUUUUUGUCCAGUCGUCAGGGUCAAAAGCCAAACCGAUCACCAGGAAGGACAAAACAGUCGAUAAGGAAAGACCAUUUGAGACAGCUCAUAAGCUUCCACCCUCGUUAACUUACGCUUUGAACGAUGAGGAAGAAGAAACGACGUCACUUGUCAAACUUAUCAAAAAGAGCGGCAAGAAGGUCCAUAAAAGGGCGGCACAAAAUGCCCCAGCUCCAGCACCUGCAGGUGCUAUUAAACUUAAUGUCGCUAAGCUCUUAGAAAAGUACAAACAAGAGAUUAAAACCUCAACUACGGAAAAACCCUCUUCCACGGCUAAAACCACCAAAGCCUCUCGAAGAAGAAUCGCUAAUAAACGCACAAAAAAAGAGAUUAAAGCUGAAGACUCUGGUAUUUCUGCAACUAGCCCGAGUCCAGUUUUGACCACGUCCAAGAUCGCCCCGAAGAAUAUCGAUAUGGAUGUGGUUGGGGCUGCCAGUGAGAAACAGAGGUCCAGAAUUCAGAUUAAGAAAGGUCCUAAUGGGCAAGAGUAUGAGUAUGAGUACGUUUACUACUAUUAUGACGAGGACGAUGAGAAAGACAAGAUUACCAAUGCUCACGAUGGUCCUGCCAAAAACACCAUCUCCAGAAGUGACAAAAACAGAGAAAAGCCGACUCCAGAAGCAAACGAAGUAGUACCAUCCAGAGGCAAAGCCAGAGGCAGACAACUAGGUGAAGAUGAACCCGUCCAAGAAGAACGGUUACCAGCUAAUACUAGGUUCCCUCCAAGAAGCAGAAACUUGAACACAACUCCAGUACCAGACGAAGACGAUGAUUCUAAAGUAGCUGCUAGUAGAACAAGAACCAGGGGAAAAGCUACUACAGAGUCUUCUAACGCAGAAGAUGAUAACGUCUCUGAUGAGACUCAAGGUACCAGGGGUCGUACUAGAGCUAACGUGCGCCGCCCUUCGCUCGACCUCGUGGACAGCGAGACGUUUAACACGCACUCCGCCGCCGCCCAAUCCCCCAGCUUCCCCGCCCAACUACCCGCCGGACCGGUACGUUUUUUGGGCGCCACUCCGAACGAAUUCUACGACCUCCCCGAGGAUCCAGAAGAUAAAGAGCCCAGUCGUGAACCAGCUCCGGUAUCAGAAAAUACCGAGGAAACGAAAAAGCCUGUGCCAGAAAAUGGUGAACCAACCACCCCCAUGGCGGGCAUGGAAAAAGUUGCGCUAGAUUUGUAUGCUAUUUCUCAAGGAACUCAGAAACUGUUUGGUGAAGAUGGAACGGAGAUCAGUACUGAAGAUGGAAAGAGUACAGGAGAAACUGACGCUACCACUCCAGAGUCAUCUUCAACCGAAGAAAUCGAAACCACAACUCCAACUACCACAACUACAACAACUACUACAACACCAGCACCCACCACAACUACCAGAACUACAACCACAACUACCGAAGCCCCUACUAAAGCUAGCAGAUUCGGUGGCAGACGCACACCCCUUUCAGGUCGCAAAGGCGGCAGUACCACCACAACCGAAGCUUCUUCUCCCUCAGAAAAACCCAAAAAGUUCGGUAGACCCAGUGGCUCCUUUGGAGGUCGUCGCAACAAACCUACGCACGCACCGGCAGUUGAAGAAGACUCUCACAAGGAGGAAAGUAAACCAGUCAGUCAAAGUAAACCAGCAACUAGAGGAAGAUUCGGAGGUCCAAGGACACGUGGACGUACCACCGCUGCUCCCGAAGAGAGGAAAGACGAUUCUAGUACCUCUGCGCCAACGACCAAUCACAAACCUACCCUGCCGAGGUCUAGGCCUUCGUUUAACAGUUUGAAGGGUAGAGGAAGGACAACUACUUCUGCUCCUGCAUCCGAAGAAGCCCCUGCUGAUUCAGAACCUCAAGGCAGUUCAUCGGAACCUGUCAGUACAACUACUGCCAGAGCAAGACGUGUCCUUCCUGGAGCUACAGGCAAUAUAAAACCCCUCAGACCAGGACCAAGAAUCAACCUAGCUGGAAGACGCGGUGGUCAAACUACCACCACCACGACAGAAGCUAGCGCAGCUGAAAAUAACAGCGAAGCUGAAAAUGAAGAGGAAACUCACGUUGAAGCUGCAAGCGAAAAGGAUGAAGCUCCAGCUCCAGCUCCAGUAGACAACAGUCCACUGGGUCGUCUCCGCAACAAGCAAAAUCGCGUCAACGUUCAACCUAAAUCCAAGUCAACACCAACGGCUAGUGCUAGUGCUCAAGUGCAAGUGCGCAGAGUGAAUCCUUUGCUCGCCAGAAGAAGACCUGGAGCCACUACUGAGGCACCAUCGAGCGAAGCUCCUUCCAGUGAAGCUCCCGAAGAAGCUGAAGAAGCGGAAAUUGAGACUGAAGCAGCUCCCAGUUCAAGUACCACCACCGAAGAACCAAAAGGGCUCAGCAAACUACUGGCCGGUAGGAGACGCGCAGGCGCAAGAGUACCGGGUACCAUCAGCCACAAGUAAAACAAAGGCUGAACCAUUUUUGAACGAUAAAUUCUAGUGUGACAAAAAUCAGACUUUUUUGAAAUUCGAAAAAAAUAUUAAGAUAUCUCAUAGGUACCAUCAAUAAUUUAGCCUAAUAUUGUGUUGUGUGUUUUUGUAAACUCUGAUUUGUUUGCUCUUUUUUUGAAAAACAGAGUGAUAUAAAAAUGAUUAAUUUUUAUAUAGGGUGAUUCACGACGUUGCGUUGGUAGGUUAGACGUUUAAUGGUGACAUAUAUACAUAAAGGUCUAACCUAACAUCGUCAUGACUCACCCUGUAUAAAAUAGCGAGCUGUGACUUACAUUAUAAACAAACACCUUUCAUAGGAGACUCCCCCUAACUGCCUUUUAGGUUUUUCUAAAUUUUCUUGUACUGUACAUAAUCUAAGAACAAUAGUAUUUUUCUUACUACUUGUUUUCUCAUCAUUAGGUUUUUUUUAAAAACCUAA